AGCCGUCGUGGUAUCGUGGGGAGCAAGAUAAAACUUGAGGGGAGGCGGAUAGCUGUGUGAGAACGAGGCAAGCAACCAAAUGGCCAUCAAUGUUUACUUCACAUCUUCCAGCAGUGAGAACCUGAGUCGACACAGCAUGUUGACCUGGGUCAACGACACACUUCAGUUGGGUUACACCAAGAUCGAGCAGCUGUGCUCGGGCGCAGCCUACUGCCAGUUCAUGGACAUGCUCUUCCCCGGCUCCAUCGGUCUGAAGAAGGUGAGGUUCCAGGUGAGGCUGGAGCACGAGUACAUCCAGAACUUCAAGCUGCUUCAGGCCUCCUUCAAGAAGAUGGAUGUGGACAAAAUCAUCCCGGUGGACAGGCUGAGCAAGGGCAGGUUUCAGGACAACUUCGAGUUCCUGCAGUGGUUCAGGAAAUUCUACGAGGCCAACUUUGACGGCAAGGCCUACGACCCGGUGGCUGCUCGCCAGGGCCAGGAGGUCGGGCCUCCUCCGGGCUCCCACCCCUCUGGAUUCAACAGGCCCAAGAAGACAGUGAGCACGCUGAGCGCGGCGGCAGGUUGCACCCAGGACAAGAAGGCCCUCCUCCGCUCCUCAUCAUCGGGCACCUUCCUGGCGCGCUCCAAGGCAGCCCCGAAGGCCGGCGGGUUGGCGGGGGGGCAGGGGGCGGCGCACAAGAGUGGAGGAGUGGGUCCCGAGAGGUCCAGCGUGGCGGGCAACGGGGACGCGCACAUGAGCGAGCUCGCCGACCAGGUGAAGGUCCUGAGGACCGAGCUGGUGGAACUGGAGAGGGAACGGGACUUCUACUUUGGGAAGCUGAGGAGCAUCGAGGUGAUCUGCCAGGAGAACCAGCAGGAAGACGACACGGUGGUCCAGCAGGUGGAGAAGGUGCUCUACUCCACCGAUGACACCGUCUCUCCGCACGAGGUUGGAAGCCACACAUCGGGAGAAGCAGAGGAAUAUUAAAGGAGCCAAGUCCAUUGGCUUGACCUUAUUGCAAAUGAAUGGCUGGGGGAAAGGAAGCCAGUUUAAUAGGAUACAUUUUGUGUGCAAAGAUGCGAGUGUAAGCUAAAUUAAAGUGUACCUCCUUCCUCAAUAAUUGAAGGUGAUUGCUUUG